AUGCCCAGUGUUUCUCUUUCCAAGGUGCACAAGCACAUCUCAAAGAAGCGGGGGGCCAUGGACUCCAUGCAUGAGAACAGUCGUGACGCUCGGCGUCUGCGCCGAGCAGGUUCCAGAGAAGAACGACUUUCUCACCAUGCUGGCAUGGUGCUCAAGGCUCGCCAACCCUACAUGGAGCGCAUUCAAUACUUCCAUGAUGCCAUUCAAGACAAGGAAGAGCCGUUGUCUGACACUCAACUGGCGGAGCUGAUUCUCAAUUGCAUUCACAGAGACGACGAUGAACUUACGCGGCUUAAGUCUGAGCGCCGAAAAGGGCGGCCGCCAACCCGACGAGAGGAGCUUUUGAACCAGCGAACCGAAACCGAGGAGAAGGAAUUCAAGACCGGCUUCUGGUUGCCUGAUUUGGGUGAUGCCGAUGUAUUGCAUGCAUUGAAGCAAUGGAAUGGACAUUGGGCCGGUCUCAGUUCGGUGAAGUUUAUCCGUAUUACACAAGAAGGAGCGAAGCAAUCCUCAACUUUCCCUCCGAAGGGCAUGUCAUGA